AUGUUGAACCAGCCAACCAAUACAAAAAUCCACUCGCCAACUCAAAUCGCAAAGCGCGAUAAGAAUCUGCACACCAGAGCAUGCCGGAGUUUUUCUAAAGAAUUCGGGUGGAUUUCACCAGUGCCCAGAUUAUCGUCAACCGGCAAUGAGGACGCAGCGGCGAUGUUCUCGGCAGUUUCGAUGGUACCGACACCUCCUAUCAGUUGUCAUUCUUUGCAAAUCAAAUCUUUUCACCUCUUCCUCCUUUCACAAAAAAAUCUUCUUCGUAGGAAUGGUUCUGGAGCAUUUUCUACAGUGACUUUCGGAGAUGCCAGCGAUAAUUUCCAAAAUCUCGCGUUCUUCAGCCGAAGAUCUUCUACUUUUGGAAUCAAAUUAAACAGAGUCGCAAGAACUGGUGAGGCUUCUGCGUUGGUGUUGAUCAUCAAAGAUCGAUAA